AUGCCACUGGCCGAUGUUUCAAAUACUUUUCUUGAAGAAAGCGCGGCGAAAGUUCGCUCCAAGCCUGUUCCCUGGGAGGCUUAUCAGCGGGCGGGUUUGAUCACCGUAGAGGACCUAGGUCUUAUAAAGAGAGUGGAUCGGCAACCGCGCGCUAGAAUUGAAUCUGUGUUAAUGUCUGAUGGACAAACGUAUGCCAAUCUUUAUCUCAUGCUCCUCAAGAAGCUGGUUCGCGUCGACCCAUUGCAAUACUUGCUUGUUAUGGCCUCUGAUGCCCUUACCGACCAUCCUGAGAGGCUAGCUCUAUUUCAAGGAAGUUCUAAAUCCGACCCUGAUUUACCUUACGGCCCACUUUCCAGGACACUAGAGACUCAGGAUGAGUUCGCUCGAUUGAAGGCCUUGCAGAUCGUGACGGCCCUCCUAAGUUCGGAGCCAUCUUCUUUGCAAAGCCAGCAUAUCCGGUCAUUUCUGUCUACGAUCACCGUGUCUUUGCAAGGCUCUCAAAACGCGCGGGAUGUGGGCGUGCAGUGUUUGGGAUCCCUCUUGCCUCGAGCAGAGGUUCGGAAAGCCGUGUGGAAGAUAGACGAACUCAUUCAGGGGUUGAUCCAAGCUGCAAAUUCGAACGUAUCUCCGCAGCUAACGUAUCAGGCCGUGUAUUGUCUUUGGCUGCUUUCGUUUGAUACAUCCAUUGCUCAAGCCAUCAAUAAGAAGUAUGACAUAAUACCUGCGUUCAUCAAGAUUGCCAAGAUUGCUGUGAAAGAGAAGGUCAUACGUGUUAUUAUUGCCACAUUCAGGAACAUGGUCACGAAAGCUCCAGCCGAGAAUCUGCCUGCAAUGCUGGUUGCAGAGUCAUUGCCGCUGGUGAAGAACUUGUCGACAAGAAAGUACUCAGACGAAGAAGUUAUUGAUGACCUCGAUUUCCUACGGGAUGAACUUGCGAGAAAUUUUGAAAGUUUAUCCACCUACGAUGAAUAUGCUUCAGAGCUUGAGUCUGGCCGUCUGUCGUGGUCUCCUGUUCACGAAUCGGAGACGUUCUGGAAGGAGAACUCAAGUAAACUCAACGAUAACGACUACGAGAAAUUGAAGAUUCUGCUUAGGAUAAUACGGACGGCUGAAGAUUCAGUCGUGCUUGCCGUGGCUAUCCAUGAUAUUGGACAGUAUAUCAAGUAUUCCGGGAAGGGAAGGAGAGCAGUGAACGAUUUGGGCGGGAAGACACGGAUAAUGGAGUUGAUGUCGCAUGCUGACCCUGAUGUUCAGUUCCAAUCGCUGGUUACUGUCCAACGUCUCGUGUCUCAUUCGUGGAUGAGCUAG